CGGCCAUGACAGAUGUGAGUGGAAGAUGUUCAUUGGGUUAGCUGGCUGUCUGUGACUCGUGUUAGUUGCGAAGGGGGAUCGUGAUUGUAACGUUUGCAUUUUUUUCCCAAGUUUAUUAAAAAAAAAUAAGAUAUGAGUGAUCCUAAGAGUGGAGAUGAUCUCGCGACUGCGAUUUUGCGCAAAAAGGACAGGCCAAACAGGCUUCUGGUGGCAGAGGCGAUCAAUGAUGACAAUUCAGUCGUCGGCCUCUCGCAGGAAAAAAUGGAUGAGCUACAAUUGUUUCGCGGUGACACUGUACUUUUGAAAGGAAAAAGGCGCAAGGAAACCGUGUGCAUCGUACUAUCAGACGACACAUGUCCAGAUGAGAAGAUACAUAUGAACCGUGUCGUCAGAAACAAUCUGCGUGUCAGACUCAGCGACGUUGUAUCCGUUCAAGCUUGCCCGGAUGUUAAAUAUGGCAAACGUAUCCAUGUUCUACCCAUGGACGACACUGUCGAAGGUCUUACUGGAAAUUUGUUUGAGGUGUAUUUGAAACCAUACUUCCUUGAGGCAUAUCGCCCAAUCCAUAAAGAUGACAACUUCAUCGUACGCGGAGGAAUGCGCGCCGUAGAAUUUAAAGUAGUUGAGACUGAUCCAGGCCCGUAUUGUAUCGUUGCUCCGGAUACAGUGAUACAUUGCGAGGGAGAUCCAAUCAAGCGAGAGGAAGAAGAGGAAGCUCUCAAUGCUGUUGGCUAUGAUGAUAUUGGUGGUGUUCGCAAGCAGUUGGCUCAAAUUAAAGAAAUGGUAGAGCUACCACUGCGGCACCCGUCCCUCUUCAAAGCAAUCGGAGUCAAACCACCGCGCGGUAUAUUGCUCUAUGGACCACCGGGAACGGGAAAAACCCUCAUUGCACGUGCAGUUGCAAACGAAACUGGCGCCUUUUUCUUCCUUAUUAAUGGACCUGAGAUUAUGAGCAAACUUGCUGGUGAGUCCGAGAGCAAUUUGCGAAAGGCGUUUGAAGAGGCUGAGAAAAAUUCACCAGCCAUCAUAUUUAUCGAUGAGUUGGAUGCUAUCGCUCCGAAGCGUGAAAAGACCCAUGGAGAGGUGGAGAGACGUAUCGUCUCACAAUUGCUGACGCUGAUGGAUGGUAUGAAACAAAGUUCCCACGUUAUUGUAAUGGCUGCGACAAAUCGACCAAACAGCAUUGACGGAGCUCUUCGUCGUUUCGGACGAUUUGACAGGGAAAUUGACAUAGGUAUUCCCGACGCAACUGGACGUCUUGAAAUUUUACGUAUUCAUACCAAAAAUAUGAAACUAGCCGAUGAUGUCGAAUUAGAAGAGAUUGCCGCUGAGACUCACGGUCAUGUCGGUGCUGAUCUAGCCUCAUUGUGCUCUGAGGCUGCCCUUCAACAGAUUCGAGAAAAGAUGGAUCUGAUUGAUUUAGAGGAUGACCAGAUCGAUGCCGAGGUUCUCUCCUCUCUUGCUGUCACAAUGGAAAACUUCAAGUAUGCGAUGAGCAAAAGUAGUCCCAGUGCAUUACGUGAAACGAUUGUGGAAGUACCUACAGUUACGUGGGAAGAUAUCGGCGGACUGCAAAACGUCAAACUGGAACUUCAAGAGUUGGUUCAGUAUCCUGUUGAACAUCCAGACAAGUUCUUGAAGUUUGGUAUGCAGCCAUCGAGGGGAGUUUUAUUCUAUGGACCACCUGGUUGUGGUAAAACACUUUUGGCCAAAGCUAUUGCUAACGAGUGCCAAGCUAACUUCAUUUCGGUUAAGGGACCAGAAUUGUUAACCAUGUGGUUUGGUGAAUCUGAAGCAAACGUGCGAGAUGUCUUCGACAAGGCUAGAUCAGCGGCUCCAUGUGUAUUGUUCUUCGAUGAACUGGAUUCAAUCGCUAAGUCACGUGGCGGAACUGUCGGUGAUGCUGGAGGUGCGGCUGACCGUGUGAUAAAUCAGAUACUUACUGAAAUGGACGGAAUGGGUGCCAAGAAAAAUGUAUUCAUCAUCGGAGCAACAAAUAGGCCUGACAUCAUUGACCCAGCUAUUUUACGACCAGGUCGUCUCGAUCAGUUGAUCUACAUCCCUCUACCGGACGAAAAGUCACGAGAAGCAAUCUUCAAAGCUAAUCUACGCAAGUCCCCUGUUGCCAAGGAUGUCGACCUGACCUACAUAGCUAAGGUAACGCACGGUUUCUCCGGUGCUGAUCUUACCGAGGUUUGUCAAAGGGCUUGCAAAUUGGCGAUUAGGCAAUGUAUCGAGUCAGAAAUACGUCGCGAACGAGAACGUGCUGCAAACCCGAAUGUUUCCAUGGACAUGGACGAGGAUGAUCCCGUACCUGAAAUCACCAGAGCUCACUUUGAAGAAGCUAUGAGGUUUGCGCGUCGUUCAGUAUCUGACAAUGACAUUCGUAAGUACGAAAUGUUCGCUCAGACCCUUCAACAAUCUCGAGGAUUCGGAACGAACUUCAGAUUCCCGCAAAGCGGCACAGGAGGUACGCAGGACACGACGCAGGGAGACCCCACGUUCCAAGAUGACGGUGAUGAUGAUCUAUAUAGCUAAGUCUUCAUUUAAUCGUAUCUCAUCUCUCGUUGAGUACAUGUGUAAAGGGUCUAUAUUUGCAUACAUCGAUUACAUACACACAUAUUAGCUCAAGGUAACAUCUUUUUCCCAUAGUUGGUGGAAAGCCUGAGUAAAAGAUUAAGUUAAUUAAAAUUUGAUUGGAAUGGUUAAAAUAAAAAACAAAUAAAAAACUAAAUUAAUUGAAGCGAAUAAAAUUUUAUGUAAUGUAUAUCAGUAGGUUAAGAUUUAUUGUAAUUGAAAUAUACAUUAUGAAAGAUUUUAUGUAUUACAUGGUAAAGAGAAAGAAGAACAAACAUUGAAAGAAACUCAGAAUUUUAAUUGAAUAAUAAACAUACAAAAACUUCCUCAGAUAGAGUUUGUAACGAAAGGAGGAAUAAUGUUACGCCAUGCUACUUUACAUCAGGUGUAUCUAGUAUCCGAAAUCUUUUACAAAAGUGCGAAUUAUGACGAUAGUCAAGAGUAUUAAAAAAUUUGCGAAAAAGAACAACGAAGACGAGAAUUUGUAAGUUUUCACUCACAUUCAUCAAACUUUGGCAAAUUUCUUACUCGCAGUUUUAUUUUAUUCGGAAAUUGUACUAAAUCAUACCAUAACUCGCCGUUUAUGCUGGCUUACAAUUAAACAAAUAAGCAGGCGGACUACUUAAAAUCGAAGUAAACGAUAAUUGAUAGACCCUUUUUUCAUGUACAACCACCACAUUUGCUACUCUUGUUAUAAGAUGAAUCAUUUCCAAAAUGAAAUACCAGGGUUCAAUUGUAACUGGCGUAGAUUUUGCAUUGCAAUGUGGCUGAACUCUACACGAGAAUCCUUUUGCCUCUGAGAGGAAGGAGAUCCCUAAGUUUUUUUUUUCGUUACCCCGAGUGAAACAUCUUGGUUUUUUAAAUGAAAGAUAAUUUCUUACACAUCUCUGUACCAAUAUUUUGUUGAUAGCGCAAGUACCGCUUAUCGGCAAAUAAACAAAAAAUCGAAUAAAUUCUUUUAUUCGAGAUUAAAAAUUCACCGAGCUUUGUGAUUCAUACAUGAAUUGCAUGAAAGAUGAAAUUACCUGCUACUCUGUGAAUAGGCAUAAGUCCACAAUAACUUCGGCUUCUCGAGUAUAGUUUGAUCAAGAAACAUAGACGUGAAAUAAAAAAAUUAUGGAAAAUUGGCAGCGUAAGAUACAAAAGUAUAUUGAUACUUUCAUAGGUAUAUGAUCAUAAAUGUUCCAUCUUGUACACAUACUUACACAUGUUCUAGUAUGUUUAAAACUUUUACAUUAUAUUAUUAUAAUUAUUGAUUAAAACAGAUUACACUGAGAGUGUAUUAUCAUUGAUAUGUUUUCCAUCUCGCUCUCUCUCUCAUUCUUUUUCUCCUCCUCCGUGAGUGUUUUUUGAAGUAAUUUCGUGUUACGGUGUAAUAAAAUAA